CCAAAAUUACUUUGUGGUAACAUUUGUGAUAAUGGAACAGAUGGUUCUUGGGACAAAGAUGUUUGUAGUGGAAAAGGUGUUUGUAGUGGCAAAGAUACUUGUGGAAGCAAAGAUGCCUGUUCUGUCAAAGGUUCUUGUGGCGGCAAAGGUUCUUGUGGUGGUGGUGAUUUAGAGGAAUACCUUUUUUUGGAGGAUGCUUUGUGA